CCCAGCGCGGGAGGAGGAGGAGUCUCGCUGGCACCCAGGCAGGAAACGGCUCGACGUCUUUUGCCAUCACCUGGGAAAGUAAAUUCUUCGCUUUCUCCACGGCAGCUGAGCUGACAUGCUCCAGCGUGGAGGAGACAAAGGGAAGGGAAGCCCCUUGCUAGAUCAGCCCCUGGCUAUGAUUUUUGCAAUGUGGUGAUGUGAACGUGGACUGUGCAAAAUGCAACCUUUAGAAUAAACAAACAAACAAAUGCUUCUUUUUUAUUUUUUUAAAAAAAACGUUGAUUCCGAGAAGAAAUUCAGAAUCCAAUUUGACUCUCCUGCUGUGGAAUUGCAGCCUCCAGGAAUAACAAGAGAGAGAGUUGCUUGUUUGCACUGGAUUGCAGGCAUCCUUUGUGUGGCUUUCCCUGCAGGCAUAAAAAUAUGUCCAUCACGGGGCUGAAGAGGAAGCAGCCAAAAACGUUUAAGGUGAAAGUUAUAACGAUGGAAAUCGAAAUGGAGUUUAGCUGCGAGAUGAAAUGGAAGGGGAAGGACCUCUUUGACCAGGCGUGUCGUGCGCUGGGCCUGCGGGAAUCCUGGUUCUUUGGCUUGCAGUACUCUAUCAAAGGAAUGAACACCUGGUUGAAGAUGGAUAAAAAGGUUCUGGAUCAGGAAAUUCCCAAGGAAGAUCCCAUCAGAUUUUGUUUUUUAGCAAAAUUUUACCCUGAGAAAGUUGAAGAGGAACUUCUGCAGGAGAUCACCCAACACCUCUUUUUCCUGCAGGUUAAGAAACAAAUACUGGAUGAAGAAAUCUACUGCUCUCCUGAGGCUACAAUUUUGUUAGCGUCCUAUGCUGUUCAAGCCAAGUAUGGUGACUACGACCCAAACCUGCACAAGCCGGGCUUCCUGGCUCCAGAGGAGCUUUUACCAAAGAGAGUCCUCCGCCAAUAUCAGAUGACACCUGACAUGUGGGAAGAGAGGAUUACAGCCUGGUACGCUGGGCACCGGGGCAUAGCCAGGUAUGAAGCUGAGAUGAACUAUCUUAAAAUUGCACAAGACUUGGAGAUGUAUGGGGUCAAUUAUUUUCCUAUAGCUCAAAAGAAGAAUUGUACAGACUUUCUGCUUGGCGUCGAUGCCAAAGGGAUCCAUGUCUACAGCAUCAACAACCGCUUCUCUCCAAACAAAUCUUUUGAAUGGAGCAGCAUCAGGAACAUUUCCUACAGCGAGAAAGAGCUCACAAUAAAGCCCAUUGACAAGAAGGCUGAAGUCUUUAAGUUCUUCUCCUCACAGCCAAAAGUCAACAAACAGAUCAUGCAGCUGUUCAUCGGAAACCACGACUUGUUUAUGAGGAGGAGGCGAGUGGACCCCAUUGAGAUCCAGCAAAUGAAAGCGCAAGCUCGGGAGGAGAAAGCAAGGAAGAAGAUGGAGCACCAGCGCCUGGCCAGGGAGAAGCAGCUGCGGGAGGAGGCUGAGCGGGCGAAGGAGGAGUUGGAGCGGCGCCUUUUUGAGGUGGAAGACAAGGCCCGGCAAGCCAAUGAGGCUUUGCGCCGUUCGGAGGCAGCGGCAGAGCUUUUAGCCGAGAAGGCCCAGAUCGCUGAGGAGGAGGCCAAGCUCCUGGCCCAGAAUGCCGCUGAGGCUGAACAGGAGCGUCACCGCCUGGAGAUGGCUGCCUUGAAAACCAAGGAAGAGAAGCUUCUGAUGGAGCACAAAAUGCGGGAGGCAGAACUGAUUGCCAUGAAGCUGGUAAAAGAAUCGGACCGAAGGGCUAAGGAAGCUGAACAUCUGAAACAGGACCUGCAGGAAGCCAGAAAUGCAGAGGAAAAAGCCAGGCAGAAACUCCAGGAUGUUGGCAAGCUCAAUCCUCCUUCUAAUGCUGCCAAGGGCACCCAGCCCUCCUCCGCUGAUGCCAGGGAUGCCUGCCCUGACAAAGUACCCAUAAAACUGGAUUUAAGGGACAUUGACUUGAAGAGGCUUUCCUUGGAGAUAGAGCGAGAGAGAUUAGAUUACCUGGAUAAGAGCAGGAAGUUUGAGGAUCGGCUGAAAGAACUCAAGUCCGAAAUCCACGCCCUGAAAGUCGAAGAGAGACACGCAGGCUUCCUCUCGCACUGGAGCGAAGUCCUUGGGUCGCUGGGCCGUUCCUCGGGGAAGAUGUGCAAGACUCCUUUGUGGAUGAACCCCUUUGAAGUGGACUUGUUGGACAGCCUGCAGCAGCCUUUUGUGCCAUGCCCGCUCAACGUGACCAACGGCUCUCUGCCCAGAACGCCAGCAGAAAAACCCUCUUUUGAGACAGAUGCCCUGGCUGCCAGUAAUGUGGGCACAGGAAUAAGGAAGCACAUUAAGGUACAACAACACAAAACAGACGUGAUCUAUAUCUGAAGCACCUUAAGGCGACUGUCUGCAGCUUGGUCAACAUUUGUUUUGAGGAAGUCUAAAGGCUACUCUCAGAUCCUAGAAAGACUGUUGUAGAAACCUGCCACAUCUGUGUCCUACUUUGGUUCCCAGGAUGUGUUUCUUGCAUUCAAAAGCAGAUCUGGUGAUACUGGAUUCUACCAGAGGUGGGUAGGGCUCCCCACACCUCAGGUAUCAACCUGAAGGUAUAAUAAAACUUCAUGUAUUUAGUGGUGACUCAGCAUUUCAAUAGGUACACUUACACACAGUUCUAUAAUAAUUAAGGUAUGGCCCCAAUUUGGCUAAAGUUAGUUGCGACUAAAUCAGCAAUUAAGCUUACUUGAAAAUAAGUCCCACUGAACAUAGUGGGACUUACCUUCUAAGAACUGAAAGCUGGUCUGACCAGCUCCGUGUUCCACUGAAAAGCAAUGGGGCUGUAAUCAGAACUUAACUGAAUCAGGUCCUGUGCAUUUAGGAAUCUGUGUGGAUGGUUAUGUUCACAAGUAUUGUAAUGAAUGUAGAGAAUUCUGCAGCUAUUAUUAAUGCCAUUAAAAAAAAAUUAAAAGAUGACAAAGGGCUUUGAAUUAAGAGACAAAACUUGAAGCGGUUUAACUAAAAGCGGUUUAAAACGACUAUGCCAUAUGCAUUCCCAAGCUAAUGUGGGCUUUAACACAUGUUUUAGAAAUCUUUCAUGGAAUGGGAAUUGUAGCCCCUAUCAUAGAGGGGACCAGAUUGUGAGAAGGCUGAUCCUAUGCGUGCCCACUUAGAGGUAACUCCCAUUCUUUUCAGUGGGGCUUACUUGGGAGUAAGCAUCUAGGAUUAUAGAAACACACCAAGACCUGUCCUUGAGUAAACAUGCACAGCGAACUUAGUUAGAAUCUGCGUAUCAGCCAUUGAGUCAAGGGUUAGGGUUUGUAAACAGUCACAAAGGAAGAGGCUUGAAACAAAAGACGGAGGAAGAGGAAUUAGCAGAAAGCUAAUUUUAAUGUCAGUAUCCAGUAUGAAGAUUCUGCAUUUUAUAUUUUGUAAAGGCCAAAAUAACACAAGUCUCUCAUCAGAAGCUCCCCUCUGCACUCACAAACAAUGCAACGUGGAGGAACCAGUUCUCUUUCUAGCCAGCAUCUGCCCCCCCUCCAAAAGCUGGGGAGCUGUGUCUGUGUUCCUUAAGAGCAGGCAGGGAUGGAGAAACUGCAGCCCUUCAGAGGUCGCUGGACAACUCUCUGCAUCUUUGACCUUACUUGGCAAUGAUGGCUGAGGCUCACGGGGACCAAGAAGCACAGCAUCAUCAUAUGGAGGGCCACAGGUGUUCCCUAUUCAGCAGCACCCAUAAGAGGGAUGGGGGACGGAUGACAUCAGGGUGACUCUUCCCUAUUUCAUGCAUAAAACAUACUUUCAUGGCAUCUCAUCAGUGCAACAUUAGAAGGAAAAAACAAUGUCUUGCCUUAUAAAGUUCUCUUUCUUAGUGUCUAGUAUCUGAGGUUAAAGGUGCAGCAGCUCCCAAAGAGGUGCCUGCAAACAGUCUGCAUUUCGUUCUCUGCAGAGCGCUAGAGAACGACAUGAACUCAGGCAGGAAAUGCUUUUUUGGGGGGGGGGAGAGAAUAUGACUGUAACCCCAAAGUUAUCUACAGGAAAUUAAGGGCCUCCUGGCAUUUUCUACUUGGCACCUGAAUUGUCUUCACCUGUGUGGUCUAUUCGCCAAACCAUCAAUUGGUACAAUGAAUGGAAAGAACUCAAGGGAAGGGUAGAGAGUCACUGGAGCCCGGCCCGGGCCUUUUGCUAGAUCAAGAGGCUGAUCUAUGAAAUAAAUACUGAUUUCUAUAUUUUAAGUUAUUGUAAAUAUAAUUUUCUUUUUUCCAAAAUAAAUUAUCUGAACAAUUA